AUGGCUUCGGAGAGGACCUCAUACGUACUGGACGAUGUUCAGGUCUCCUGCUACAGAAUCUUAAACAGUCUCUACCUGCUGGGAACCAACAAGAGCAUCUAUGUGGAGAGACAGCGUCCGGCGUUGGGGAAAUGUUUGGCAGCUUUCUCUGCAGCGUUUCCUGUCGCUUUCCUCGAGCCGCAAAUCAACAAGUUCAAUAGUUUCUCCAUUUACAACAACAGAGCGCACAAUGACACAACAGGUACACACUACAACGACACAACAGGUACACACUACAUCGACACAACAGGUACACACUACAUCGACACAACAGCUCUGGGUCUACCUGAGCAGGUGGAGGAUGUGUGUCCGCUGGUCCCUAACCUGGAGAAGUCUCUGGAGGAGAUCUUGGAGCUGGCAGAGUCGGGCAUGAGAUAUAACCAGAUGCCUCAUGUCAUGGAGGUGGUGCUGCCCAUGCUGUGCAGCUACAUGUCUCACUGGUGGGAGCACGGAGCAGAGAGUCACCUGGACAGGCGUGACACAUGCUGCACAUCGGUCACCUCUGAUCACAUGAACUCCCUGCUGGGGAACAUCCUGAAGAUCAUCUACAACAACUUGGGCGUCGACGAGGGCACAUGGAUGAAGAGGCUGGCUGUAUUCUCUCAGCCGAUCAUCAGUAAAGCUAAACCUGAGCUGUUAAAGACUCACUUCUUGCCUCUCAUGGACAAACUGAAGAAGAAGGCGGCGGUGGUCCUGUUGGACGAGGAGCAGAGUCGGGCGGAGGGACGGGGGGAGAUGUCUGAGACGGAGCUCCUCAUCAUGGAUCAGUUCACUGUGCUAGUCAGAGACCUGUACGCCUUCUACCCCUUGCUCAUACGAUUCGUCGACUACAACAGGGCUCGCUGGCUGAAGGAGUCCAGUCCAGAGGCCGAGGAUCUGUUCCGUAUGGUGGCCGAGGUUUUCAUCUUCUGGGCCAAAUCUCACAACUUUAAGAGGGAGGAGCAGAACUUCGUGGUGCAGAACGAAAUCAACAAUAUGUCGUUCCUCAUCACAGACACUAAGUGUAAGAUGUCAAAGGGCAUCGUGUCGGACCAGGAGAGGAAGAAGAUGAAGAGAAAGGGCGAUCGAUACUCCAUGCAGACCAGUCUGAUCGUGGCCACUCUGAAACGUCUGCUUCCUGUCGGUCUGAACACCUGUGCACCUGGAGAACACGAGCUCAUCGCCCUCGCCAAGAACAGGUUCAACCAGAAAGACACAGAGGAGGAAGUCAGAGAGAUCAUCAAGAACAACCUCCAUCUUCAGGGGAAGCUGGAGGACCCGGCGAUCCGCUGGCAGAUGGCUCUGUACAGAGAUCUACCAAACCACCCAGAGGACUCGUCUGAUCCUGAGAGGACUGUGGACCGAGUGCUGGACAUCGCUCAUGUCCUCUUUCACCUGGACCAGGUUGAACACCCUCAGCGCAGUAAGAAGGCCGUGUGGCACAAACUUCUCUCCAAGCAGAGGAAGAGAGCCGUUGUGGCCUGUUUCAGGAUGGCUCCUCUCUACAACCUGCCCAGGCACCGUGCCGUGAACCUGUUCCUGCAGGGCUAUGAGAAGUCGUGGAUCGAGGCUGAGGAGCAUUACUUUGAGGACAAACUGAUCGAGGACCUCGCUAAACCAGGUGAUCAGGAGAUGUGUGAAGAGGAGGAGGGGCUAAAGAACAUCGAUCCUCUUCAUCAGCUCAUCCAGCUGUUCAGCAGGACGGCCCUGACCGAGAAGUGUAAACUGGAUGAAGAUAACCUAUACAUGGCGUACGCUGACAUCAUGGCAAAGAGCUGUCAUGAUGAAGAGGACGAGGAUGGAGAGGAAGUCAAGAGCUUUGAAGAGAAGGAGAUGGAGAAACAGAAGCUGUUGUAUCAGCAGGCUCGUCUCCACGACAGAGGAGCAGCAGAGAUGGUUCUUCAGACCAUCAGCGCCAGCAAAGGUGAGAUGGGUCUGAUGGUGGCAUCCACUCUGAAGCUGGGCAUCGCCAUCCUGAAUGGAGGAAACUCGACGGUCCAACAGAAAAUGUUGGACUAUCUGAAGGAUAAGAAGGAUGUGGGUUUCUUCCAGAGUCUGGCUGGUCUCAUGCAGUCCUGCAGUGUUCUGGACCUGAAUGCGUUUGAGCGUCAGAACAAAGCAGAAGGUCUGGGCAUGGUGACCGAGGAGGGAUCAGGUCAGUAUGAGAACAACAACACUUAGUCAGUAAAAGGCUCCUGAAGAUGAAUGAUUAGCUUCAUAGUGCUACAUAAUAAUGAUUACUCAACAUGCAAAGAGUGUUUCUCAGAGGUCUGCAGCACUGAGCUCUGCAGCACUGAGAUGUCAUAUGAAAGAGAACAUUUUCCAACUGGUUCAUCGUUUUAGAUCCAAUGAAGCUUCAGUGUUUAUCAUCUCUCCAUCCUGUCAGCAGUCUGAGGAUUAUCUCUAUUUCAUUUAGUCACACCUGUUAAAAUCACAGUUACCUGUUCUGAUGCACCACCUGUGAUCUG